UGAACGCGGCCAAUGUAAAUCCUCCAGAAGUAUAUCGCGUGGCGAAACUGGUCAACAUAACCUUAUAUUAAACGGCAAAAGGGAAAUUUUAUGAGAACGUAAAUUGCCGAAGAGAUUUACAGAGACACGGGUGGUGAAGCGCCGAUCGUUGACUCGGUAGCGUAAGGAACAACGAAAUUGCGAGGAAGUUACCUCGAAAAGAUGGGCGAGCGCUACAACAUCCAUAGUCAAUUGGAGCAUCUGCAAUCGAAGUACAUCGGUACUGGGCACGCGGACACAACCAAGUUCGAGUGGCUAGUGAAUCAGCACCGGGAUUCCUGCAGUUCGUAUAUGGGUCACUACGACUUGCUAAAUUUCUUCGCGAUCGCCGAAAACGAAGCCAAAGCGCGUGUCCGCUUUAAUCUUAUGGAGAAGAUGCUGCAACCCUGCGGACCACCGCCGGAGAAACCGGAGGAUUAAAUCGCGCGUCCUGCUUUGAA